AUGUCUUUACACUUGUUUUUCAUCAUUGCAGCUGCGUUUUUCUCUCAUUCAGGAGAGAGUGAUCUUCUGCAUGCGUACUCUCCCGGAGACAUCGUCAUCGGAGGACUUUUCCCUUUUCAUAUCCAGACCGACAGAAACACAACACAUGGUCCAUCCACCUGCAGUGUGUGAGUAUAUCACCUCAUUAGAAUUAAAUCAUUAAAGAGGCUCAACUGUGAUAGAGAGAAAUCAAAUUAACUCUGUGAUUUUUUGGCAGGUUUGACUUAGCAUCAUUCCUCCAAAGUCAGGUGAUGAUAUACGCUAUCAGAGAAAUAAAUCAGCGCUCACCGAGAGUUCUGCCAAACAUCACCUUAGGAUAUGACAUCUACGACACCUGUGGAGAUGUGGGUCUGGCUAUCAGAGCGACGCUGCAGCUGCUGAAGGGUCACUCAGACCCCCAGAGCUGUUUGGUACCCACCAACUUUCAAUCUGCAUUACCCGAUUCCAACACAAAAGCAGUGAUCGGGGAGAGGCACUCAGAGGUGUCAAUAGCUGUUGCUCGGGUUGUUGCUCUGUCCUCAGUCACCCAGGUUAGUCCUAUAUGUGCCUGAUUCUUUCUUUGCAGUAACAAGCCUAUUAACAAUACAAAGUCAACAUAUCAAAUGUUAAAACUGUAAUAUAUAAUUGUUUCAUGAAAAGUAGAUGCUCAUUCAUAUUUGAUACCAGCAGCACAUUUCACAACAGGUUGGUGCAUUUAUCAUUGUGUUUCAUCUCCUCUUAUUAAAUAAUACUCUGUAAUAUUUGGGAACUGGCCUUUUAACUGUGUGCCUAUGUAAACCAGGAUGGUCCCUCUCCUCCUUGAUUUCCAAAAAGAAUGUCAAUUUUUGCUGGCUAAGUAAAGUUUUCAGCAUUUCUCGAUCUUGUAUGUACAAGAGAGUAGUAGAGCUGUAUGCAAAGUGAUGGACUAUGCGUAAUAAUGUCUUUUGGAGAUGGUUUUGAGGUUAUGUUGGUAUUUCCACCACACUUCACUUAGGGCUCUAAGAUCAUAGCCAUCCAAUACUGGUUUUGUGUACUGCAGAUGAUGAAAUCUCCCAAACCCAAAGACUCAGCCUGUCUGGACUGCCUAUUUUGCAGAUAAGCCUAAUUAAUCAGUAGAUGUUCAUGAAGUAGUUCUAUUUUACACUAACACAACUUUUUUCUGUGUUUUGUUGUCACUGCGUGUCCAAAAAUAUUUCUGAAAAGUGUAGCUGGCAUCACAUUUAGAUGAGCGGGACAAACAAUGAGGGGACUGUUUCUGUCCUUUUCUAGUAGGCCUAAAGGCAUUCAUAAAGAAAACUACAUAUGGAACAAUAUUUACUGUGACUUAUUUACAUUUUUUUAUACAGAUAAGUUAUGCAUCAACAAGCGAGCUCCUCAGCAGGAAGUUAAAGUUCCCUACUUUUCUGCGAACAAUAUCCAGUGAUGAAUAUCAGACAAAGGCCAUCACUGAGCUGGUGGAGAAGUUUAACUGGAAAUCAGUGGCCAUUGUGGGAAGUUAUGACGAGUAUGGGAAGUACGGCAGUGAAAAACUUCUGGACUACUUAAGGAAGAUGAAGGACGUCUGCAUUGAAUUCAUUGAAAUCCUGCCAGGUUACUUUUCCCAUAAUGACCACCAAGCCAGCAUGAAGCAGGAUGAGCUGGUAAGGAAGAUUAAUGAAUCCUCUGCCGAGGCCACCAUCCUGUUCACCCAUGAGUCAAACGUUGAAAUCAUCAUGAGGGCAGUGAUCAGACACAAACUCAAUCGAACUUGGAUUGCCAGUGAUAGCUGGUCCACCUCCACAAAGAUUGCUACACUGCCUAACAUUGAGAGCGUGGGUCAGGUUUUUGGAUUCAUCUCUAAGAGAAAUGAGGUGCCUGGUUUUAAAGACUAUGUCCUCUCAAAGUUCAGCAACACCACAAACGCCAUCCUGCAGCACUACCUGCAACAAUAUCCACUAUGUUCCAGGCAGUUCGGGAAGAAUCAAGGAACUAGGUGUUCACUUACAAACAUCAAAUGCCUCGAUCUGAAAUGCUUGGCGUCUUACAUUGACCAGGAUCAGUCAUAUAAUAUCUACUUAGCUGUUCAAGUCAUUGCUGAGGGUCUCAGACAUCUGCUCAAGUGUGACAGCAACCACUGUGAGCGAAGCCUCAAUUUCACAGCUUUGGAGGUAAAGGCAGAUUACAUGUCUUAUGUGUGAUUUUAUAUCCAAAUGUCCAAAUGUUAGGAGACAUUUACUUAAACUUUAAUCCCGAAGCAUCAAACUAUCCCUUUACAAUUUUUCUGUCAUGGAGACAACAACUGCAAACUUUUUAAUGUUUGUUUUCACAGCUUCUUUUAGAAAUCAAGAAAGUCAACUUCACUGUGAGCACCACACGUAUAGACUUUGACUCCCGAGGAGAACCCAGUUUAGGAUAUGAUAUUGUUUUCUGGGACAUGACUAAGGCAAGUAUAGAAACCAUUGGAGAGUACUGGCCACGUGGAAAAAUAGAAGUCUCAGGUGAUCUUGUUAAACAGAUGAGCAGUGUGCAGGUAAGGUCAAAUCUUACACAUAAUAAUCUAAUUUUCAACCUAGAGACAGCUGAUGGGUUUUUUAUGAAUGAAUAAUUCUAUUCUGUCUCUUACAGGUAACUGCUUUUAACUGCUCUAAGACAUGUAAACCAGGACAGGAGCUGAAGAGGCGAGGCAAGACAUGCUGCAAUAACUGUGUUCCCUGUGCAGAUAGAGACUUCUCUCCUGGAAACGGUGCGUUCUGUUUGUUUGUUAUAAUGUCCAACAGGGUGAUAAGGUCAGCUCAAAAAUAAAGCAGCAUUGAGAUGUCUUUUUUUCUCACAUUAACAAACUUUUUUUGUUCUUUCUAAAACCAUCAAAUAUGAUACAUUGCAUUAUUAUACAAAGUGCAAUAUGAUAUAAUGCAAUAUAAGACAAUACGAUAUUUUACUGUAGAAGCAGCUUCUUUGUUUUUUCCUACAUGUGAAGAUAUUUUUGUAUUCAUAUGCAAAUAUUGCAGACCAUGAUGGUAUCUUCACAUUGUUGUUUGGCACUUAUGCAAAGGCAAACCUCAUUUUUACAUAUCUAUUUUGAAAAGGAAUCCAAUCCUCCCGCUAAAAUGGCAAACAUGUGUCAUGUAAGUGUCUUUGUUUCUUUAGGUGAGAAGUGCAAACACUGUACUCGUAGGAUGUACUCCUCUCCACUGAAGGAUAGAUGUGUGGACAAGAAAGACAAGUACCUGGAAUGGUCAGAUCCCUUCAUCAUCAUUUUGAGCUGUUUGUCAGUCUUUGGGAUUGUUGCUGUCAUUGUAUUUUUAGUUUUGUUUACACUCAAUCACAGCACUCCCAUUGUGAAGGCGGUUGGAGGUUACUUGUGUUUCUUGGAGCUUUUGUCCCUGCUUGUAUGCUUCUGCCUGACCUUCACCUUUGGAGGGAAACCCAGCAGAGCCUCCUGCAAGCUCGGCCUGCCUUUAUUUGGCAUUUUCUCCUCCCUAUGCUUCUCCUGCAUUCUAGCCAACCUGCUCCAGAUCUUAGUGGGCUUCAACUUUGAUGCAAGAAUAGGCCUUUGGAUAAAAAAGCUCAAUAAGCCAGCAGUGAUAGUGGUGAUCAUCUCUGGGAUUCAGGUGGCGCUGUGUGUGCCCUGGCUAUUGUUUUACCCUCCCAGUCCUGCUGAGGAGAUUUUAACGGACAGCAUCCUGAAGCAGUGCACCAAAGGCCGUCAGGUGUUCUUCUUAGCCAUGAUAGGCUACAGCGCUUUCCUGGCCCUCAUUUGUUUUCUGUUUGCAUACAAAGGUAAACAGCUGCCGGAUCUGUAUAAAAAUGCCAGUCUUAUCAGCACCAGUAUGAUGCUGUUUUUGAUCAUUUGGCUCCUCUUUAUCCCGAUUUACAUCAGCAUGUUUGGGGAGCACAAGCGGGCCAUUGAGAGUUCAGCCAUUCUCAUUUUCAGCUACAGCAUCCUUGGCUGUCACUUGGCCCCCAAGUGUUACAUCAUGGUGUUCAGAAAAGAGCUCAAUAAUGAGAGAGCCAUAACAGAGUACAUCAGAAAGCACUACGAGCGAAAAGACAUCCCUGUGGUGAAAUCAUAA